CUCUUGAUCUGCCAAGGGUAUAUUUAGUAAUUUUGCGCUAUAUACAGUACUUUUACGGGGUAAGGGGAAUUUUUAACUUUCGAGUCCAAACCGGGAAAUAAAAUACUUCACCGCUCCGAAAUUCCUCCACGAAAAAGAAGAAGAAGCGUUUAAGGUUAAAAAUGGACGGCGAGGAACUAACAGAACAGGAAACAGCACUCUAUGAUCGUCAAAUCCGUGUCUGGGGUGUUGAUGCUCAGAGAAGGUUGAGUAAGUCGCAUAUAUUGGUUACUGGCAUAAGUGGAACAAUUGUUGAGUUUUGCAAGAAUAUCGUAUUAGCAGGAGUUGGGAGUGUCACAUUGAUGGAUGAUUGUAUGGUUACUGAAGAAUCAAUGUGGGCAAAUUUCUUAAUCACUCCCGAUGAGAAUAUGUGGGAUGGUAAAUCUGUAGCUGAAGUUUGUUGUGAUGGAUUAAGAGAGUUUAACCCCAUGGUUCAUGUCUCAGUAGAAAAAGGUAAUUUGUCAACUUUUGAUGGAGAGUUCUACGACAAGUUCAGCGCUGUGGUUGUUGGUCGAUGCUCUCUUGCAACUAAAAAAAGGAUCAAUGAAAUUUGUAGGAAGAGACCAAAUCGAAUCGCUUUUUACACGGUUGAUUGUAGGGACUCGUGUGGUGAAAUAUUCGUCGAUUUGCACAACUAUUCCUAUGCUCAGAAAAAGCUUGAAGAAACUGUUGAAUGCCGAUUGCAGUAUUCAAGUUUUGAGGAAGCCGUUGCAGUACCUUGGAAAUCUCUUCCUAGGAGGGCGUCAAAGCUUUACUUCGCCAUGAGAGUUAUAGAAAAGUUUGAACAUGAUGAAGGGCGUACACCUGGUGAAACUUCAAUUGCAGAUCUCCCUAAUGUGUUGAAAUUGAAGAAGCUACUUUGUGAGGAGCAGUCUGUGAAUGAAUCCCAAAUACCAGAUAGUCUCUUAGAGAGAUUAUUGGUUGGUAAUAUUGAACACCCACCAGUCUGCGCAAUCAUCGGUGGUAUUCUUGGCCAGGAAGUUAUCAAAAUGGUCUCUGGCAAAGGGGACCCGAUCAAGAACUUCUUCUUCUAUGAUGUCAUGGAUGGAAAGGGUAUAAUAGAGGACGUAUCAGCACCUGAGUCAAGUUAAAAGUAGAAGCUUAGGGUUAAGGCUACUAGACAUGAACAAUGUUAUGCGACUGCGGCUUAUUUUGGUUGGAACAAAUGGUUUUCUUUUAACUUUGAACUCAUUGUUUAACCAUUUUGGUGACCAUGUCCUCUUUGGAUGUGGUGACUUUACGGAAGCUCUGAAAUGUAUCAAGAAAAGCAAACAUCAGAGAUUAGUCACAACUUGUUUCCAUAUAUAUAACCAUCUUAGCAUUCCAAACUCA